GUGCUGCUUCUUAGUGUGGAGAGUAGUCUCGGCUGUCCGCUGACUGCUGUUGGGUCUCUUAAACAGUGAGAAGGCUUUACCACCUGUGUGGAAGAAGGAUUUCACAGCAUGGCGUUAAACUUCACCAUCAACACAAGCAAUCCGCCUUUAGGAGCGCUUCUGGCAGCAGAGCAUGUGAAGGGCACCGUGCAGGUAUCAGUGGAGGAAGGCAAAGACACCAGUCUUCACGUCUCUGAUGCGAUCCAGUUCAAUGAUGCCAACUCUAUCAGUCGGUACCUGGCUCGGGUGGCUCCUGCUCUUGGCCUCUAUGGAACCAACACAAUGGAGCAGACUGAGGUCGACCACUGGUUGGAGUUCAGUGCUCGCCGUCUGUGUGGUCAGCCUGGUUUGACUGUCGCGCUGGGUGAACUGGAUAAGGCCCUCUCCCUGCGGACCUUCCUGGUUGGACAUGCCAUCACCUUGGCUGACCUUUCUGUCUGGGCUGCCCUCAAAGGUCACGGGGAAUGGCCAAGCCAGGGCAAAGCCUUCUCCCAUGUCAAUCGCUGGUUCUCCUUCCUGAGCUCGCAGGUUCCCUUCACUGCUGUGGGCAACAAGUACGCCAAAAAGACAGCUCCAUUGAGCAAAUCCAAUUCGGCUGAGAAGAAGCAGGAUGUUGGAAAGUUUGUGGAUUUGCCAGGAGCUGAGAUGGGCAAGGUGGUAGUUCGAUUCCCCCCUGAGGCUAGCGGAUACCUGCAUAUCGGCCAUGCCAAGGCUGCUCUGCUCAACCAGCACUACCAGGUCACAUUUAAAGGCAAACUCAUCAUGCGCUUUGACGACACCAACCCCGAGAAGGAAAAGGAGGACUUUGAAAAGGUGAUCCUGGAAGAUGUUGCUAUGCUCCAGAUCCAUCCAGACCAGUUCACCUACACUAGCGACCAUUUUCCUGUCAUAAUGAAAUUUGCUGAACAGCUGCUUACUGAGGGCAAGGCCUACAUCGACAACACUCCCCCUGAGCAGAUGAAGCAGGAGAGGGAGCAGCGCACUGAGUCCAAAUGCAGAAACAAUACGGUGGAAGAGAACAUGAAGAUGUGGUCAGAGAUGAAAGCUGGGACAGAGUUUGGUCAGACCUGCUGCAUGAGGGCCAAGAUUGACAUGAACUCCAACAAUGGCUGCAUGAGAGACCCCACCCUGUUCCGCUGCAAGAACACUCCCCACCCUCGCACUGGAAGCACUUACAAAGUGUACCCAACGUAUGACUUUGCCUGUCCCAUCGUGGACAGUUUGGAGGGUGUGACCCACGCUCUUAGGACCACUGAGUACCACGAUCGUGAUGAGCAGUUCUACUGGAUAAUCGAAGCCCUGCGCCUCAGGAAGCCUUACAUCUGGGAGUACUCCCGACUGAACCUCAACAACACAGUGCUGUCUAAGAGGAAGCUCACCUGGUUCGUCGACCAGGGAUUUGUCGACGGAUGGGAUGACCCUCGCUUCCCCACCGUCAGAGGGGUACUGAGGAGAGGAAUGACCGUUGAGGGUCUGAAACAGUUCAUAGCAGCCCAGGGUGGAUCAAGGUCAGUGGUGAACAUGGAAUGGGACAAGAUCUGGGCCUUCAAUAAGAAGGUUAUUGACCCGGUAGCUCCCAGGUACACAGCUCUGUCCAGGUCCUAUGUGGUUCCUGUUUCCAUCCCAGAGGCUACAGAGGAGAUCAAGGAAGUGGCCAAACACCCCAAGAAUGCAGAGGUGGGCAUGAAGAAGGUUUGGUAUGGACCUCGAGUCCUGGUUGAAGGAGCCGAUGCUGAGACGUUCUCAGAGGGAGAGACGGUCACCUUCAUCAACUGGGGCAACCUCAUCAUCACCAAGAUCAACAAAGGGCCUGAUGCUAAGGUCGUCUCUAUGGAGGCCCGCCUGAACCUGGAGAACAAGGACUUCAAGAAGACAACAAAGAUCACAUGGCUGGCUGACACAAACAGUGCCCCCCUUUUACCCACCAUCUGCAUCAACUACCAACCUCUCAUCUCCAAAGCAGUCAUCACCAAAGAUGAUGACUUCAAAGAGUACAUUAAUAAAAACAGCAAGUUAGAGGAGAAGAUGCUUGGAGAUCCCUGUCUGAAGAACCUGAAGAAAGGAGAUAUCAUCCAGCUCCAGAGACGGGGCUUCUACAUCUGUGACCAGCCCUAUGAGCCUGUCAGUCCUAACAGCUGUAAGGAAAGUCCCUGUGUCCUGCUCUACAUUCCCGAUGGACACGUCAAGGAGAUGCCGACUGCUGGAUCCAAGGAAAAAAGCAAGAGCCAGGCCCCCAGCAACACACCUGCCGCCCCUGCCAAGGCUAACUCAACCUCCUCUCCAGCGCCUGCCUCAACCUCAGCCAUUGACUUGUUCUCAAGCAUUGUAGCACAAGGUGAAACUGUUCGCCAACUUAAGACCAAGGGUCCUAAAGACCCAGAACUGGCCCAGGCAGUUCAGCAGCUGCUUUCUCUAAAGGCACAAUUUAAGCAGCAGACAGGUAUGGACUACAAGCCAGGCAUGGCUCCUCCCACCUCUGCUUCAACCCCACCCACCACACAAACAGACUCCGCCUCCUGCCCACACACCCGCGUUGCCCAGCAAGGCGAGCUAGUCAGGAAACUGAAGGCGGAACAGGCACCUAAGGACCAGAUUGAUGUAGCAGUGAAGCAGCUCCUCGCUCUCAAGGUGGAGUUUAAAAAGCUGACCGGUCAGGAUUACAAACCAGGGAUGGCUCCCUCUGCUCCUUCUCCUGUGACCACCUCUUCCUCCUCUUCUUCCUCCUCCUCCUCUUCUUCCUCCCCUCCCUCUGGCCUGUAUGAGCGUGUUGCACAUCAGGGGGAGGUUGUGAGGAAACUGAAGUCUGAAAAAGCCCCAAAGGACCAGGUUGAUGCAGCAGUGAAACAGCUGCUCGCCCUCAAGGCAGAGUACAAACAGGUCACAGGCCAGGAGUACAAGCCUGCCCCUGCUGCCCCUGCUGCCACCGGAAUUUAUGAGAGGGUUGCUGAGCAGGGAGAACUGGUCAGGAAACUGAAGACUGACAAGGCCUCCAAGGAUCAGGUAGAUGCUGCAGUGAAACAGCUGUUGGCUCUGAAGGCAGAAUAUAAACAGCAGACUGGACAGGAUUACAAGCCAGGAUUGCAAGCCCCAAGUAGCCCUGCCCAGACCCAGUCCAGCUCUUCCCCGGAGGCCCAGAAACUGUUCUCACAGGUGGCCCAACAGGGAGAGCUGGUUAGGAAGUUGAAGUCUGACAAGGCAGCCAAGGACCAGGUGGACGAAGCCGUGAAGACUCUUCUGGACCUGAAGACCAAGUACAAGACCCUUACUGGAGAGGAAUACAAGCCAGUGGCUGCUGCCGGAGCCACAGGAGGAGAGGACAAAAACCGCAAGGAGAGGGAGAACAAGUCUGAGAAACAAGGAGGAGGAGCAGGAGGAGGGAAGAAGGGUAAAGGAGACAAAGGCGGCCAGGGCAAGGAGGCCUCAGGAGGUGCAGGAGGCUCAGGAGAGGGUCAGGGACCUAAGAAACAAACACGGUUGGGUUUGGAGGCCAAGAAAGAGGAGAACCUGGCUGACUGGUACUCUCAGGUCAUCACCAAGGCAGAGAUGAUUGAGUACUAUGAUGUUAGCGGCUGCUAUGUGCUGCGACCCUGGUCCUACUCCAUCUGGGAGGCCAUUAAAGACUUCUUUGACCGUGAGAUUAAGAAACUAGGUGUGGAGAACUGCUACUUCCCCAUGUUCGUCUCUCAGGCCGCCCUGGAGAAGGAAAAGUCCCACAUUGAAGACUUUGCUCCAGAGGUUGCCUGGGUAACCCGGUCAGGAAAGACUGAAUUGGCCGAGCCUAUUGCUGUGAGACCCACCAGUGAGACAGUGAUGUACCCUGCCUAUGCUAAAUGGGUCCAGUCCCACAGAGACCUGCCAAUCAGACUCAACCAGUGGUGUAAUGUUGUGAGAUGGGAGUUCAAACACCCCCAACCCUUCCUGAGGACUAGAGAGUUCCUGUGGCAGGAGGGCCAUUCAGCCUUUGCCACCAAAGAGGAGGCAGCUGAGGAGGUGAUUCAGAUCCUGGAUCUGUAUGCCAGGGUAUAUGAGGAGCUGAUGGCAAUCCCUGUGGUGAAGGGGAGGAAGACUGAGAAGGAAAAGUUUGCAGGAGGAGAUUACACCACUACUGUGGAGGCAUACAUCUCUGCCAGCGGCAGAGCCAUUCAGGGUGCUACAUCCCACCAUCUUGGUCAGAACUUCUCCAAGAUGUUUGAGAUUGUGUUUGAGGAUCCAAAGAGACCGGGUGAGAAAGAGCUGGCUUACCAGAACUCCUGGGGAAUCACAACCAGGACGAUCGGUGUCCUUACCAUGGUACACGGAGACAACAUGGGGCUCGUACUGCCACCCAGGGUGGCCUGCCUGCAGGUUGUCAUCAUCCCAUGUGGGAUCACUGCCUCCCUACCAGAGCAGGAGAAGGAGGCACUGAUGGCCCAGUGCUCCAAAUACAUGAGCAGACUGCUGGAUGCCGGCGUCAGGGUGAAGACUGACCUCCGAGACAACUACUCCCCAGGGUGGAAGUUCAACCACUGGGAACUCAAGGGAGUUCCUAUCCGUCUGGAAGUGGGACCUAAAGAUAUGCAGCAGCGUCAGUGUGUUGCAGUGAGGAGAGACUCUGGCGCAAAGGUGACAAUUCCAGAAGCUGAGGUGGAGAAGAGGCUGGUCACCAUGUUGGAGGACAUCCAGACCAGCCUGUUUAAGAAAGCUUCAGAUGAGCUGAAGAGUAACAUGGUGGCUGUAGACACAAUGGAACAGUUCCAGAAGGAGUUGGACCAGGGCAAGAUUGUCCAGAUCCCGUUCUGUGGAGGAAUUGAGUGCGAGGAUUGGAUCAAGAAAACCACUGCCAAGGACCAGGACCUGGAGCCUGGAGCUCCGUCCAUGGGAGCCAAGAGCCUCUGCAUCCCCUUCUCCCCACUGAAGACGCUGCAGCCUGGUCAGAUGUGUGUCAGUGGCAAGGAGCCUGCCCAGUACUACACCAUGUUUGGACGCAGCUACUAAAGAUGCGCUCCGCUGGAGCACGUGGAUGAACAUCGUUGUUGAAAAGGGCUUCCCUACCCUUUCUCAUCUAUUUCUUCUUCACUGAGCUCUGGGUGUCUGGGGUAAUAUGGGUAUGGAUGUGGCUGGACUGUGGCUUUAGAAUGAGAAUAUGUUCUUUAAAAAAAAAACACAUGUUAACAUUGUUAUAAUGCAUCUGAAAGAAAGUGGAGGUGAGAGAAAUAAAUGUUUGUAGCACCUACUUUGUAAAGGCCAUGUCAAAAGAACACUGUCUUGCAGUGCUUUGUAUUAGGAUGGCAAGUACUACCAGAAACAAGGCAAAUAUGAAAUCUUUCCUAUGCCUGCCAGGUAAUGAGUCAUCUUUUGGUACAGUGGUAAAAGCAGCUGGUCGAGUUUGGAAACCACUUCUGUAUUGAUGCCUUUUUUUUUUAACUCCUUGCUCAACAUUGUCAAAAAAAACAAUUCUGACCUGGUGAUGUUAAGUUUCUGUGAACAUGUGUUUGGGCCUUUUGAAAUCUGAAAGAAAAAACAAAUACUUCAUCUGGGGAAAAGUGCUGUUUGCCUGCCAGCAGUCCCAUCUCUUGCAGCCAAACUGUCUCAGGAACUCUGCAGGUACUCAGGCUUGUAGUUGGGGUGUUUUUGUCACAGCUUUAUCAGCCCUCGUCCCUGUGUACAACUGGUUACAGUAUGUGAGUCAUGAUUCAAUACAAAUUCCUCAGAUCCACCAGAGCCAAAGUGAAAAAGCUUUGACCAACUCUGUAUGGGCCUGUAUUAUAGCCUACUGUCACUUCUCUCCCAUUAAAGAACUCUACAACUUGUCUAUAAUAAAGUCGUUUCCAU